AUAAACUAAACUUUUUGGUAAAUUUGAUGUGUUUAGUUUUAUUUCCAAGGCGACCAUAACGUCCGCUCACAGUUGGUAUACUCCAAUGUCCUCUGUCUGUUGGAAGAGCUGAAGGCUACUGCCCUGUGUGCAAAGAAGGAAUCAUGGUCAACUUCGCCGCACUAGUGCGAGACCACUGGGUGCACAUUUUUGUGCCAAUGGGCUUUGUAGUUGGUUACUACCUCGACAGAUUGCAAGACCAGAAGUUAACGGCCUACAGGAACAAAAGUGUUUUGUAUGCCAGGGAGCUAAAGCCUGGUGAGGAGGUGACCUGGAAGUAGACCCCUCCUUCCUACAAUGUGUCCUGUGAUCUGUGGUGUGAAUAACUGAUGGAUGCCCCGUUUAAUCCAGAUUAUUUAAGUAGACAUCUAUGCUUCCACUAUGGAACUGUAUCAACCAAUCAUCUUUGAUCUUUUGAGUUGUAUCAACCAAUAAUAAAUAUGUUCUUUUUCAGUCAGA